AUGGAGAUUCAAUGUGAUACCUGUCCACAAUUUACCAGCUUGUUAGUUUUCUUUAUCCAAGAUGUGCAGACGUGUAUGCUAGUGCCCAUGGACACCGGCCACGGUUGGAACAGUUCGACAACCGGAUGGGAUUCCGGUGAUAAAGGUAACGAUGACUGGACAACAUUGAGCUGGGGUGAGGAUGACUCCAGCCAGUCCGCAGCUCGCACGGGUGGCACACAAGCUCGAAUUCGCAAGAAACAAAGCUGA